AUGUCUAACCCAUAUCGUGACCCCUACUGCGAGAGCGUUGACAACGUCGAAUGCUGUGAGUGUAGUGGAGAGGUAUUCAUCACUCCCAACGAGUGCUGGCCAUGGCGCUGCGGCAACCACAGUUGUGCUCACGUCAAGUGUGAAGACUGCAGAGAGGUCGACGAGUCUGGAAUGACCGUUCUUGGCUCGGAAUUUAGUCAUGAUGAGUUUGUUCUCCAGGAUCACGAGGCGGAGCAAGUUAUCAGCCAGGGGAAUUUUCGAUCGCCUGCCCCUCGAAGCUUGAAAUGCCUUCAGCCUCUUCUCCCUCCCGCUCUCUCCAUCGACUACCAGAACUCCCCACCUGAGAUACAGAGCCGCAUCAUGGUCCACGCCUUGCUGCCAAAGCCUCGUGUGAUCAAAGUUCGCUGGAGUCAUCUCAAGUGUCAGUGGCACUACGAGAGCGUUCCAAUUCCAGGCAUCAUCACCGCUGUCGGCUUAGGAAAUGUCACAUCCAUCGCUCUGGAGUUUCUUCAGCGAGCACCUGCUCUUCCAGGAAGCUCGCGGCCGCUCCCUUGGGUCAACUACCAAGACGACAUCAUCAGCUUCGAAUACCUUCGCUGCGGAUCACGCAAGAAGGACAUGGAUGAGUACAUUCGUGCAAUAAUGGCCGCAGCUUCGAUCGUCAGAACCCACGCAAAUACCGCUGGUCUCCGCAAGGUUUCCCAAGUCCAUAUCUCGUGGUGCCAGGCAGCCGAAAAGUUCGAUGUUGUUCUUGGCAAGUUCAAGAGCAUCAAUGGCCUCAAGGAGGUCACCCUUGUCGCCCACAAUCAUUACGAUCGUCCGUCAAAAUUCAACUCCUCUAAGGACCUUUAUGAAAUGGAGGAAGCUGUCUUUGCUGGCACGUUGGAGGAAUACCCUUUCACUGCCCAAGUCAUGCACAAAGGUCAACUCGUCGUUGUUGAGCAGGAAAAUUGA